UGAUAAUAUUCUGAGCAUGUAAUAAUUUCCUCCAACCGGAUGGUCCAUAGAAAUUAGGAGCAAUACUUUACAAUCACAAAUCAAAAACCCUAAUUACCAAAUCAAAACCUCCAAUUUCUGUUUCAGCAAUCUGUUCUUCCACAAUGCUGGGUGGAUUGUAUGGAGACCUCCCACCACCCUCCUCCACCGACGAAGAAAAACCCAUCUCCAAUUCCUCCGCUGUCUGGUCUUCCUCCGCUAAGUUCGCCCCACCCACCCUCCGCAAACCCUCUUUUGCACCUCCACAAACCGUUCUCAAAUCCCAAUCCAAGCCCAAGGUCCUCAAUUCAUCCCAACCCAGAACUGUAAUUUCAUCGUCUCCGGUGGCCCCACUUUCGACGUCGACCGCCGAUGAUAAUGGUCGGACGUCGUUUCAACCAGCGUUGGUGGGUGUCACCAGUACGGUCAUCGAGGAGUACGAUCCGGCUAGGCCGAACGAUUACGAGGAGUAUCGGAGAGAGAAAAAGAGGAAAUUAAUGGAAAUUGAGAUGAGAAAAGAGUUGGAGAGGAGGAGACAAGAGGAGGAGGAGAAAGAGAGGAGAGAGAGGGAGGAUCGAGAGAAGGAGAGGGAGAGAGAGUUGAAUUUGUCCGGUGAGGAAGCCUGGCGGAGACGGGCGGCGAUGGGUGGUGGGGCACAGAAUGUGCCUAGGUCGCCAUCACCGCCAGGGAAUGGGGAAUUUAGUAUUGGGAAGUCGGAGAGUGGGGGGUUGGGGGUGGGAGCGGGAGGGACAAUGACGGCAGCGCAGAGGAUGAUGGCAAAGAUGGGGUGGAAGCAGGGGCAAGGGUUGGGGAAGCAGGAGCAGGGGAUUACGACGCCGUUAAUGGCAAAGAAGACUGAUAGGAGAGCUGGGGUUAUUGUGAAUGCGAGUGAGGGUAAGCAGCAGGCCGAGAAGAAGGUCAAGAGUGUGAAUUUCAAUGGGCCACCAACUCGUGUAGUGUUGCUCAGAAAUAUGGUUGGCCCUGGUGAGGUAGAUGAUGAUCUAGAAGGUGAGGUAGCAGAAGAGUGUACCAAGUUUGGGACAGUAACUCGAGUCCUAAUAUUUGAGAUAACCGAGCCAAAUUUCCCAGCUGAGGAGGCAGUCCGAAUAUUUGUGCAGUUUGAGAGAUCAGAAGAAGCAACUAAAGCAAUUAUUGAACUUGACGGCCGUUUCUUUGCGGGUAGGGUGGUUCGUGCCUGUUUUUAUGAUGUAGAGAGGUUCAACAAGAAUGAGUUGGCUCCAAUGCCCGGGGAAAUUCCUGGCUUUACUUGAAAAAGCAGUGGAAGUCUCAAAUGCAAGGGGAGAGGUUCAACAAGAAUGAGUUGGCUCCAAUGCCCCGGGGAAACUCCUGACUUUACUUGAAAAAACAUUGGAAGUUUAAAAUGCAAGGUGAUAAUACAUCCUUUAGGAAUAUCAAAUUAUGAUGGCAUUGUGAUAGUUUAAUAGUUUGGCUAUGCUUUUGUUGACACUGGAACUUGGUGUGUGUUAUUUUGUUUUUCAAUCUAGGCCAUUGGCUGAAAUCUUAACUCUAAUUAAAAAACACUAGUUUGAUUGGGCUAAUUGUUGCAAGGGUUGGUACUGGGCAGCAACUUUACAAACUCUGUGGUUUGUGGCUUAGUUGUGCAUUUUUUGAUGGAGUAGUCUAAUGCUUC